AUGGUGGACUUCACCCUGAAGCCCCACCCGACCAUCCCCAAACCGGAGGGACCCCUCCUGGUCUGCAUCAUGGAUGGCUGGGGCGUGAACGUGGAGGAUGAGUACAACGCGGUACACGUGGCGGAAACCCCCACAUACGACGCAGCGAGGAAGGUGCCUGGACGCUUCCGCUCCAUCCUGGCGCACGGCACUGCCGUGGGUCUGCCCAGCGACGCCGAUAUGGGCAACAGCGAGGUGGGCCACAACGCCCUGGGCGCCGGCCAGGUGAUCGACCAGGGCGCCAGCCUGGUGGACAAGGCGCUGGCCUCCGGAUCCAUCUACGAGGGUGAGGGCUGGGCCCAUAUCUCCGAGGCCUUUGCGGAGAACACCCUGCAUCUCAUCGGCCUCCUCUCCGACGGCGGCGUGCACUCCCGCACCGACCAGCUCUUCGCGCUUGUGCGCGGCGCGGCGGACCGCGGCGCCAAGCGCAUCCGCGUGCACGUGCUUACCGACGGCCGCGACGUGCCCGACGGCUCCAGCGUCGGCUUCGCCAAGGAGCUGGAGGCGGUGCUGGCGGAGGUGCGCGGCCGCGGCGUGGACGCGCUGAUCGCCUCCGGCGGCGGCCGCAUGUGCGUGACCAUGGACCGCUACGAGGCGGACUGGGAGAUCGUGCGCCGCGGCUGGGCCGCGCACGUGCUGGGCGAGGCGCCUCACACCUUCCCCGACGCGGUCACCGCCAUCACCACCCUGCGGGCCGAGGGCUCCGCCGACCCCGUCUCCGACCAGUGGCUGGACCCCUUUGUCAUCGUGGGCGCCGACGGCGAGGCGGUGGGCCCCGUGCGCGACGGCGACGCGGUGGCGGUGUUCAACUUCCGCGCCGACCGCGUGUGCCAGAUCAGCAAGGCCUUCGAGUACGAGGAGUUCGCCGCGUUCGACCGCGUGCGCUGGCCGCGCACGCGCUUCGUAGGGCUCAUGCAGUACGACGGCGACCUGAAGCUGCCCGCCCGCUUCCUGGUCCCGCCCCCCGCCAUCUCCGGGGUCAGCGGCGAGGUGCUGGCGCGCAACGGCCUGCGCACCUUUGCCUGCAGCGAGACGCAAAAGUACGGGCACGUGACCUUCUUCUGGAACGGCAACCGGUCGGGGUACUUUGACGAGGCGCUGGAGACGUACGUGGAGGUGCCCAGCGACCGCGUGCCCUUCAACCAGCUGCCGCUGAUGAAGGCGCGCGAGAUCUGCGAGGCGGGGAAGGAGGCGCUGCGCUCCGGGCGCUACGACACCGUGCGCAUCAACUUUGCCAACCCGGACAUGGUGGGGCACACGGGGGACCUGGCCGCCACCGUGGAGGCCUGCGCCUGCGUGGACGCCGCCGUCGGCGAGCUCCUGGCGCUGACCGACGAGCUGGGCGGGCGCUGGCUGCUCACCUCCGACCACGGCAACGCCGACGACAUGGUCCAGCGGCACAAGAAGACGCUGGCCCCGCUGCGCGACGAGGCGGGGCAGACCGUGGCCCUGACCAGCCACACCCUGGCCCCCGUCCCCCUGGCGGUCGGCGGCGCGGGGCUGCCGGAGGGGGUGGCCUUCCGGGAGGACCAGCCCAAGGCGGGGCUGGCAAAUGUCGCCGCAACCAUCUUCAACCUGCUGGGUUACGAGGCGCCGGGGCACAUGGAGCCCAGCCUGCUCAAGGCCUGA